AAAGGUAAUAGUUGGUGGCGUGGAUAAUAGAAAACGAACUAUCCCGCUGGCCUAGCUCCUCCCCCUUGCGUCGUAACUCCUCCCCCUUACGGAAAAGGUCCCUUAGCCCACUUGAUUCUAGCAUCUACCAUAGUUUUAGUACUAUGCCCUCUAGCGACCACCAACAGCCCCGCCUUUUCCUCACUGCUCCUAAGUAUCUGAAUGGAUGUUCCUAUAAUGAUGGACAGGUCGAACAGCCCCUUACAGCUCAGGCAGGUUCCUGUUCUUAUGUAAAGAGGAUCGUCAGAACACAGCGACCAGCUGCUGGCACAUGCCCAUGUGUUACCCCACAGGUGACAGCAGCCCACAGAUAUCUGCUGUAUUUGGAGAGCUCUAGCCAGUGUUGUCUAUAGACCAGAAGUGCAACAGUCAUAUAUGAAGAUAAAAGAAAGAAUUGCUCUUAGAAUAAGAUGCAUCCGGACUUGUCACCCCACCUACAUACUGACGAGUGCAACGUGCUCAUUAACUUGCUGAAGAAGUGCCACAAUGAGAACAAAUUACUGAAAUAUUUUGGGCAAUGCAAUGACUUUGACCGAGAAAUGCGGAAGUGCUUAAAGAAAGAGUAUGAGAACAACAGAGCUGCAAGCCGUGCCAGAUCAGUGAGGAUGAAAGAAAAACUCCUAGAAACCCCUAAUUAGGAAAACCUCACACUCGACAAGCCCACAGAGAAAUGUUAUUCUCCCAGAAUUUCACCAAGGACAAUUUGUAUUUAUUCAAAUGUCAAAAUAAAACUAUUUUUCUGUUU